GAAGAUCCCGAUGUCUAAAUAGUAAAAACAUGGCAUGGACCAAAAUAUUUAUAUUUUGUUAAUUUUUAUAUAUAUAUUGUGCAGAUUUUAAUUGGUGAAAAUAUACAGUCUAUCGAGUAGUAUCUAUAUCACGAAGUCCAAUACAUAAAACGAUUGUUUACAACACCAUGAAAGUGUCUGUCGGUGAGGUGGUUCUCCCGGGAGAUUUCUGUGAAGAAAUAUCAAAACUCGGCGAAAAGUCAAGGGUUAUUAUCGGGCCUGGGUUAAGGAAAGAAGUAGACGGCGUGUACGCCACUAAAGCUGGUGUUCUGAAGAAACGGGAUCCUGGAACAUUUUGGAUCGACAGCUACCAGAAACGAUACGUACCAUCGAGGGGUGAAAAUGUCAUCGGAGUAGUCGUUCAGAAAGCUGGAGACAUAUUCCGUGUGGACGUGGGCGGAAGUAACACCGCUGCUCUAUCAUACCUAUCGUUCGAAGGAGCUACCAAAAAGAACAGACCAGAUGUACAGAUAGGAGAUGUCAUAUACGCGAAAAUGCUCGUAGCCAGCAAAGAUAUGGAGCCCGAACUAGUCUGCGUCGAUUCACAUGGCAAAAAAGGUCGCCUAGGUGUCCUAGCUGAUGGAUUUGUAUUCAAAUGUUCUUUGAAUCUAAUUAGGAAGAUUUUAAGUCCAUCGUGUCCACUAUUAAACUCAUUAAAAAAUGAGUGGCCAUUUGAGCUCGCAGCCGGAAUGAACGGAAGGAUCUGGAUCAAAGCUAAGACUAUGAGAGAGACUAUUGCCGUUGGUAAUGCUAUAUUGGGUGCUGAAUAUCUAAGUGAUAAAGAAAUCAAGAGUAUGUGUACAAAUAUAGCUACGAUUUUAGCUGGCCACAUUUCAUAGCAUCUAUUGACAAAUAAAAGAAUAAUUGUA